GACAAUUGUUGAAGAUUCAUAUCGAUACACACGUAAAAAUGGAUUUAAAUGUUAAAAAAAUAGUAAAAGGUGCUGGUGCAGUGCUUAGUAGGGUUGUACAGAUGACAGAAGAAGCAUUAGGUACAUCAGAAAAAACUGAAUUAGAUGCACAUUUAGAACAUCUUGCAGAUAGAGCAAAUGCAACUAAAACAUGGACUGAAAAAAUCCUUUGGAACAUGGAAGCAGUUCUUACUCCAAAUCCAGGUAAUAGGAUUGAGGAUUUCUUCUUUGAAAAGAUUGAUAAAAAGAAACCUAAUAGAUUGAGCAAUCUAGAAUAUGUAGGCAUGGAUAUGAUAGAAGCAGGGAAUGAUUUUGGUCCAGGAAUUGCUUAUGGUAGUGCAUUAAAUAAAGUUGGACUAUGUCAGCAAAAGUUAGGACAGAUUCAGAGAAAUUUCAUUGAAGACGCAGCUAAUUGUUAUAUACAGCCAUUAAGAAAAUUUUUGGAAGGUGAAAUGAAAACUGUUACCAAAGAAAUGUCCAUUUUGGAAAAUAAACGAUUGGACUUAGAUGCAUGUAAAAACCGAGUAAGAAAAGCAAGAAGUAUGCUGGGACAACAGAGUGAGUCUGGGGUAUCACCUGAAGUAUUACUUGAUCAGGCAGAGAGGGAGUUGAGAAUAGCACAGUCGGAAUUCGAUCGUCAAGCAGAGAUCGUGAAGUUAUUGUUGGAAGGAGUUUCAAGCUCGCAAGCUGGACAUCUGCGUUGUUUGCAUGAAUUUGUCGAAGCACAAGCACGUUAUUAUGCUCAGUGUCAUGCAACAAUGCAGGAUUUACAACGUGAACUUGCGGGCUUAUCUGGGGGUCCUUAUCAUCCGACUACCCCACCAACAUCCAAUGUAUCAGGAAAUGAUGAUGAGCAACUUGCAAGGGUAUUAUACGAUUUUUCUGCGACCAAUUCUGAGGAAUUAAGUGUUGUCCAAAAUGAGGUAACCAAGUUUGUGAUUUAGUUGAGAAGUAGCAUGCUU